GAAAAAUUCAAGUUUCAGUUACUUGCUGAAACCUUGUUGUCAUCAAAUAAAACAUUACGGUCUAGUAAAACUACAAUUAAUAAAUAAUUCGGACAUAUCGACGUAGUUCUGAUGGUCCAGACUGCUUUUCGCUCCUGGAUUUACAAAAUUCUUUGACCUUUGCACAUCGUGCGGAAUGGGAAUAUCUGAGACACUGAAUUACGUACUUUUCACCAACCCCGUGAGCUCCAGUGCCGGUUCGUUGGCAAAAACCGCUGCAUCAGCUGUAUUUUGAGUGGAUGAGUGCAAUCAUAUGCAUCUUCAUCGAAUUUUCCAGGUCGUCAAUUACUCAGGCCUCACGCCCCGGGUUGAAUACAAGAUGAUCCCACCUGAACCUUUAUGGAAAUUGGCAGCAGCCUCAGGACCGUACAUGAGGCUUGCAGGGCUCAGUGGAGCAGCUGCUGUAGUUCUCGGAGCAUACGGAGCUCACAGGAAAUAUCAGAACGAGGAAUUGAAACAGGUGUUCGAGACUGCUAAUAAGUACCAUUUUUAUCACUCAUUGGCGAUGGUGGGGCUGGCUAUGUGCAGGGCACCACUUCUGACGGCUGCUCUGUGGAUCUCUGGAACGUUCAUGUUCUGUGGAAGUUGCUACUAUUACGCCUUCACAGGUGACAAACGUUACAGCAAAGUCACUCCAUUCGGAGGAACCUGUUUUAUAUUGGGCUGGCUUACCAUGUGCAUAUAAAUUAUGAAUUAAAUGGCCCAUAAGGUGUCUCAGACCAGCAUAAUUUGUUUAAUAUUACGAAAGGUUUUGUGAGGAGGUAAAAUAUUGUAUGCCAUGGGUUUCUGCGAAGUGGUAAAUCGUCCAGACGAAAUUCCAACAUUUUACAAUAAAAUGUUAAGAGAUUGAUUUCUGAAGGAUAAACUUUUCAACCGAAAGUCAUGGCCUUUGAUGCAUUAAACCACUUCGCCAUUGACAUUAUUUUUCGUAUUAGAUAUUUCUAGUUGUUUAUAAAAAUAAUCUCGGCGAUAAUAAAGAGAAGGGUUAUUUACACUAAUCUGAACGAAAUUUCUUACUAUUGGUGUUUUAUUCAAGGAUCUCAAAGGAAACAAAAGAUAUUCAGUAUUCAAGUAAAAUCAAAACGUUUUAUGCUACUCAAAUGAUAUAAAUAUAAUCAAUUUAGCCACUUUUAAUUGUUCA